AUGAAACCUAUAGAAAAGAGCCCUUCAAAGAUGGGUCAGCCUCUGGAACAUUUCAGCAACGUGUCUUCCUACACAGCCUGUGUGUUCGCGGAGUAUUCUUCACACCAGAGUCAAUAUGUCCUUCCCAAGGAGCCUUCUGAUUGCAGUUCUCCCUACAUCCUGAUCGGUGGCCGCUGUCUGCUGAUCGACUCCGUGACGAAAGGAACUAGGGAUGACAUGCAGGCAUUAUGUCAACUGUUCAACGGAGACCUAGUAAAGAUCGAUAACAUGGAGAUCAUGUUUUUGCAAUGGUGGAGUAUAUCAAACAACCGGAAAUUUGACCCCUUGACAACUGCAACAACCCGUUUAUAUUAA